AAUAUAUACAUAUAUGUGUGUGUAUAAAUAUUGGGGAAUAUCUUGUAAUAUAUACAUGUAUAAUACCCCGGGUAGGCAUAUAAAUAUAGGCUCGUUUGUUUUCGCAAUUAGUCUCGCAGAACUUGACGUGUGGUAAACACCACGAAAGUAACAUUUAUUCUUACUUCUACACUCUACAUCCUAAUCGUGCGUUAAUCGAAAAUUUCUACGUAGCACAAUUACAAAAAGUGACGGAAAUGAGUGAUUUUCUCGAUAAUCUACUGAAUAGACUAGAUUUCAUUGCAAGAGUUGUAUAUGAUGGUGGAUUUUUUGAGUACGUAUAUUCUUAUCGAAGACAAUAUAGAAGAUGUAUUUACUCACUUUGUACGUCGAAAUGAGAUUAGAUCAAGAGAACGAAGAUUUCCUGAUACAACCAGGUUAAGGAGCAAUGACAUAAGUCUUACGACUGAACUGUCAUCAGGAAUGGUAUCCAGUUCUAGCCAACAAAAUCUGUCCAUAGUACCUCUUAUACAAAACAGAACUAUUAAGUAUGGCUUUAAAAAUAGUGAAAUAUGUAGGAUAAGCAACAACCUUGUGCCCAAUACACAUAAGAAUUUAGCAAGUUACAGUGGUAAACUAUACUGUGGAAUACAUUCCAAUGAUGGAAGAUUUUUUAUCAAUGCUACUCAAGAUAGAUGGAUCAGGAUAUAUCAGACUCACAAUGGCGAAUUCAACUUGUAUCACGAAAUUCAAGCAGUUGAUGUUGGUUGGAGUAUUUUAGACAUUGCAAUUUCUCCAGAUAAUAGGCAUUUGGUAUAUUGUAGCUGGUCACAUAAUUUAUAUCAAUAUUCUAUCUCUAAUGAUACACACUCGAUAGAGUCAUUGCCAUUGUGGCCGACCGUACGGCGAUUCUCCUCUUUCUCAGCGGCCUUUACAAACGAUAGCAGAGAAAUCAUUACUGGAGGAAACGAUUGCUUUAUCUAUGUCUAUGAUCGUGAAGUUAAUCAGCGAGUCUUACGGUUUAGAGGUCACGUUCUCGACGUAAACGCAAUAGCUUUUGCUGACAACAGUUCCCAAGUCUUCUAUAGUGGUAGCGACGACUCGAUGUGCAAGAUAUGGGAUAGAAGAAUAUUGAGUGAAAAUCACCCAACUCCUGUUGGAAUGUUUCUUGGCCAUAAGGACGGAAUCACUUAUAUUGAUUCACGAAACGACAGUCGCUAUUUAAUAACAAACUCGAAAGAUCAGUCGAUCAAGUUGUGGGACGUGCGUGCAGUCUGUGAUCCGGGUCUCUCGCAAAAUGCAAUCCCCACGAUUCCUAGAGAUCCGAAUUGGGACUACAGAUGGCAAGCUCCAAGACUUUUGGAUUCAACUCAGCUGGAGGGUGAUACAAGCGUCAUGACGUAUCAUGGCCACUGCGUGCUUCGAACUCUGAUACGUUGUCGUUUCUCACCGCUCGCUACCACCGGCCAAAGAUACAUUUACACAGGAGACGCUAGAGGUCGAGUUAUCAUUUACGAUGUUCUGACGGGGAAAAUAGUGCGUAAUUUAAAACAUCAUUUAACAUGCACUCGCGACGUUAGCUGGCAUCCUUAUCAACACAAUAUCAUUACUUCUUCCUGGGACAGUCAUGCGGGAAUGUAUGAAUACAGAAAUAUCGAUGAGGUCGAAACACAGACAGCUGGAACAAAUUCCAACCCUGUGACUGAUGACGCCAAUCCUUUAGCCGAUCCUGACCCCAAUGAAGAAAUUUGACAGAAAAAAAGAACUUCACAAAAAAGAACUAACUCUAAUAAUGUAACGUGAAAUUUUUACUCUCCGGUGUGUGUUUUCUUUUUCUACUUUUUACUAUUCGCUCAAAACAAGUUUGAAGAAAAUCAAGAACAAACAAACAGAUUUAUUUUGGACAUUGUGCUAGAUAUAUUAACUCUAACAAGAAAGAUUUCUACAGAAGCUGGAUUUUUAUAACACUUUAAUUAUUGAUUUAUGUUUUGUUUUACUGAUGCUGAUUGAAUAACAUUGGUCGAUUUUGACUUAGCAGUCGAAAUUUGAAGGUUUGUAUUCGUAUUUUCAACCGAAAAGUGAGAAUCUUAAGUCAAUUUAAUUUCGACACUCGAGUCAAUAUCUGUGAUCUUCGAAGUAUAAUUCAAAAGGCUCGGAUGUAAAAUAAAAUUAACAUCUGAAAUGCAUUCACUCUGUCUUUUGUUUUAAUUUAUAAAACAAGUAUGUAAGUGUACAUGUGUGCGUAAAGAAUAAUUGUAAAGAAGAAAUAUUAUACCAUUAGAUGUAAUAUUAAUGUAAUAUUAUAAAAAUUAUGUAAUAUUUACACACGAACAUAUCUUUUUGUUCUUUAUUGUACACACUUAUUGUAUACACGUUUUUAAUUGUUGUAAAUUUAUAUAAAUAACAGUAUAUGUUAUAGUAUAUACAAAUAUAUAUAUAUAUAUUAUUUAUUUUUACAUUUACAACGUUAAAACACGUUCGCGUGUAAACUUGCAAUAUUUUUUUGAAAGUUACAACUCUGUCAUAAUAACCAAAUCUUUUUCUUAAUUUUACAUCGAAAUGUUUUACAGUAUAUAUCCGAGCCUGUUAGUUUGUUUGAAAUAAUUUUGUCUAAUUUUUCAAUUCAGAUCUCGUUUCGUAAGUUAUUUUGAAUUGUAAAUAAAACACUGUCUUAUGAUAUGCUUAGGUAAACAGAUAAAAUGUAAGUUAUUUUAUUACAUUAACAUUUAGGGGAAGUAUACAUCUGUAAAUGGUAUCCAUGCACGACAAAUAAAUACAGGGUUUCUUCUUGAACAGUAACAAAAAAUGAAACAUUUAUGAAUUAUAUUUUAUAAAUGAGCAAAUUUUGGUGUAUUUGACCAAUAUUUGGUGUAUUUGACCAAUAUUUGCGAAUAUUGUUUGUCUGUGCAUGUCGUGUAAAUAAACACAACGAUGCAGAGCAAUGUUUACAGGUGUCUACUCACCGGCCAACUUAUUAAAUUCACAAUGUACAUAAGAGAAGAGCAACGGCUCUUGUGUUCCAAUUUUCUCGCUAAGACUCGCAACCAUAGAUUUUACGACGUUUUUCAGAACUGUCAAACGAUUUGGCGUACAAUUCUUACAACGUGCAGCUUCUUUUUCAGUUUAUUCUAAAAAAUAUAAUAUUUUUGUAAUUGCGAUACCUGCAAAAAAUGCAACACACUAAUAUGUGUCCGAAAUGUCAUGUGAAAUAUAAAACUAUUUUUAAAAUACUAAAAACAAAAUAAGAACUAACUUAAAUACGAGAUUUAACUAUGAAUAAUUAAGUAUCCAUAAAUCUCGUAUUUAAGAAUUCCGGUCUUUAACCGUUUUUUUUUUAGUACCUGGGAUCGGACCAGAAUCAUUUUAAAAAUCGUGUCGAAUAGUGUACAACGCGGUACCAUAGUUAUAUGAUAAAAGCCAUUAAACUAAAAACAACGGUUGUAAAAUACAAAAUGCAAAGCUGCACGUUGCAAGAAAACGUAGUACGCUUUUGUUUCUCGCUUCUGAUGUCACGAAAAUUACUGACUGACGAGUAGCCAAUUCUUAAUUUGUUUGUAAGAACUAUAAAAAAAAAAUGUAAACAAAACAAUUACGAUUGUACUGAUCGUAGUGAUCGAUAAAUUUUUUAUCUUAAUCAAACGUCGUUUACGUAAUAUAUACAGUUAGGUAAUACAUUUACAUAAUACAUUUUUACUACCAAAUGGCAUGCUGGUUUUCUAAAAAUUUUUAGGAGCUAGCAGCUAAAAAACGAGGCACGUACUAUUUCGAUUAUUAACUAUUGAUAUACAUUUUUAUUCGAAUAAUGUAUUAUAUAUUGUUGGUUUAAUACAUUGAUAUGUGACAAUUA